AUGUGUGAACUUCUUCCGUAUAGCAUGCCUUGCAGCACGUCUUCACUUAGAAUUCAUGUGAUAUCUAAGAUAAAAGUCAAAGAUUUCAACAAAUUAGCUGCCCUAUCCCUUCUUUCAAUGGUCAAAUAUGCUAUCCUCAGCACACAUAUCCUCGUCGAAAAUGUGGAGGUGUUUUCGGAAGUAUUGGUACGUCGCAGAAGGAGAGGUUCUCGUGAUACAGAUCAAUCAAAACGCAGAAUAAUUUUCCAAACAGAAUUUAAGUAA